GCGCUGCACAGUUAGCAACAAGAAAUUAUCGAUAGAUUCAUAUAAAUAUUGUACAUAACAGAAUUUCGAAACACAGAAAUGGCAGGAAGAGAUGUUUUUCCGGCUAACAAACCAGGAAUGGGAAAUUUCCGAUAUGGUUUCAGCCAUAAGGAUGAGAUUGCUAUUAGACAGGAGAUUGACCAGUUGAAACGUGCAUCAGAAGAAAAAAUGAUGGCGAUAAAAUUGGAUAAGAAAAAAAUAGUCAGACUGAAAGUGGAUGAGGAUGAUACUAUAGCUGAUAAAGUUCUGAAUGUUAAAUUAUCUCCAGAGUUUGGUAGAAAAAGAAUGCCGUAUAGGAGAAAACAAGAACCGAUAUUCCAUGAAGACUUGGUCAUUGAUUCAACUAGGAAAGUACUGGAUACCAGCAAAGAUGUGUUAACCGUGCCAAACUACAAUCCCCUAGACAAAUCUGUCAUUCCACCAUCGACCAGUAAAACCAAGAAGUAUCCAUUCACUAAAGAGGAACAAGUUACUACACAAGAGAUGCGUAAGCCACAUGUGUCAGCUCUGGGUGUACUCCCAUCUAGAAGUACAAAAGACAUCAAAGGAUUGAAUGUCAUUAUGGCUGGUAAACCAGCAGGUGGUAAAGAUGAUCACAGUAUUGCAGCUAUUAGAGAGGCAAAUACUACUGUGUCUACCAAGGAGAAGUCAAAACUAAACAGAGAACCAAGAAAAGAGACUGAGAAAUGUCAAGAUACUGCAUCACCAAAAUCUAAAGUGACAAAACCAGCCAUUGUAGGUUCUAUUGGUACUCUAGCUCCUGUGUCAUUCUCCACCAGAGCUAAGCCUCCCAUCAGAACAAGAUCAGAGAACAUUGACACAGGACCAACCCCUCGUCCUCCUAAAAGUAGAGCAAGUUCAAGAGCAAGCAGUAAAGCAACGAGUAAGAAAAGCAAGAGUGCAGACAGCUCUCGAAUGAAGGCAGUAAGAAGCCGAGCAUCAGCAAAACGCCGUGCAGCCGACUCUGGUUCCAGUAGUGAGGAUAGUAGUGAUGAUGAAAGACACAGAUUGAAUGCAAGUGGUGUCAGUUUUAGAGAUAAGAGUUUGCCGGCAUCAGCGAAAUCGGUUGCAUCACAGAAGUCAAUUUCUGAGUUAGUAGCCGAGGCGGAAGCCAUUGCUGCUGGUGGAAAACCAGAUAAAGAUGGCGAGAAAGGAGUAGACGAGGAGAAAGAAGUGGAGGUGGAGACACCUGUCCCUGUUGAGAGAUCUGUGGAUGAUAUUAUUGCAUCUUUGAAAGCUUCUAGAGGAGGAAAACGAGAAAUGUCAGCAGCUGAUAUUAAAAUUCAACAAAUUAUGCAGAGUGUGAUGGUAAGAGCUAAAGCUGUUUUAGGUGAUGAUAUGGAGGAGGAGGUAGCUGAGGAGGAAGAAGAAGAGGAGUCGGAGGAAAAGAAAGAGGAGGAAGAGGAUGGAUAUGAACAAGCUGAUAUUGUACCAGGGUUACCUGACAUUAGUGUUAUUAUAGAAGCAGCAGAAGAGGAUGAGACUACUGAUGACCAAGAGUUGCUAGAUGAUAUAAAUGAAAAUAUAGAGGAUGAAGCUGCAGUGACUGAUGCGAAUGGUGUAGAGAUUGUUCAACCCCCCAAGUCAGAAGAUGCCCUAGAGGAAGAUAAGAAACCAGAGGAUGCAGUCACAACAAAGCCAUCCCAAGUUGAAUUUGAUGAAAAGAUUGAAUUGAUACCAGAUGAAGGUAUUGUUGUUGAUUUAGAGCAAGCCUGGCAGGAUGUCAACGCACCAGAAUCAGUUACAUAUGAAGACAUUGUCAAUAUAGAAGGUGAAAUACAGCCACUGGAAUCCAGAAUAGAAAUCUCUAAGACUGACCUACCACGAGCAAAAUCCAAAAUCCCAAUUUUCAGUAGCUCUGUCUCAUUCUUGUCUACAUGGGCACCAAAGGAGAAACCUAAAACAGAGAAGAAACAACCCCCUAGAGAACCAGAGAGAAUGAGUAUUCAUCAUUUCUGUACACAUGCACCAGAGUUACCACUUCCUGGUCAUUUACAAGCAGUCAGUAGAACCUACCAUACACCAGCCAAGUAUGGAAUACAACAAAACAUGGACAGGCAUUCAAGAUUCACAACUCAGAGCUACUAUUCUCAGCUAUCAGACUCCCAGCAUACAAUGCAGCAACAGAUAGACGACUAUCAGGACCGGGACCGUCGCAUGUCGGCUGCCGCUAAAAGAAUACUUGAGGUAGCAUCUGAUGAUUCGCUGGAUGCAUGGCAGCAAAGAGCAGAUGAGCUGUUCAAUGGAGAAGACUGCGAUAGAGUUGAUGGUAAAAAGAUGUCAGUAAAUACAGACGUGUCCAGGCUUUAUUGGACUCCAGCUCCUCCCAAGAUGGAUGUACCACCAGCUUAUGUAAAGAGUCACUUGUUUCCUGGUUACCAUGGGGCGGCAUUAGCUGAGGAAAGCGUACAAGCACCAACAAUUGGUGAGGAGUCUGGUGAGAGUGAGGCUGAGUUGGUUAGUAUCUAUGAUGAAGGGGAUGUAGAAGAGAAGCUACAAAGGGAAAGAACACUGACCAGAGUGUAUGGUUCCAAUGAAGAUGUGAGUAAAGUCCCUAAACCUAGACAAUUGAAACCCAAGACACCAGCAAGAUCACCAUCUGUAAGUUCAAAGUCAACCACUGAGCCUGAAAGAAUGAAGAAAAAAGGAGCACCUCUGCCAAUACGUGUCAGAGUCAAAGACAUUGAACUCCCUGAAGACUUACCACUCUCUGUUGCAGCUGACAAACUGUACAACAGUGUACAGAAGUGGGACGAUAUCCCACAAUUCAAAGCAUACAUAGAAGCCUUAUCAGGUAGUGCGAAGUGUUCUAAUGUGUCAAAAGGUAGUUUGGUGUUUGAAGUGGACUGUAACAAUCCUAAAGCGGCAGAUGCUGUCUGGUCAGCUUACCAGAGUGGCCGCUUAGAACAGUUACUUAAGGAAAGUCUGAUGAAAAAAACUGGUGCUCACAGACUAGUGCUUGAGAUAGUCAUUGGUGAGGAGGAGUUCCAAGGGCUGAAAAGAGAACUUUCAGAAGCUGAGGAACAAGAUGAAGACAUAGGUGCCAUGGUGACAGGAGAUAAAGCCCGUCCUUCAAGGACCAGUGUGGCCGAGAUGAGACAGAUGUUUUCCAAGAUGGCUACUAUCAAUCCAAGUGAAAAACAAAGACCUUUUGAAAUACCAGAUGAAGACAUUUUUCCAGCUGAAGUUCCCAUUAGGAGAGCUGUAUCCUGUCCUAAUUUGCAUGAAGAAGAGGAAGAAUGGGAUAUCACAUUUCCUGGGGAUUUCAACACUUACAUGAAAGAGCUACAGAUCCAGAAACAACAAAUAGAAGACGUGAAAUCUGGGAAAAUGAAAGAACCGUACAGCAAAGCAGAAGAAGAUCCAGCAAGAGAAAUUGUUUCCAGUCUCUCAAGAAGUAUUGAACAGUUGACCCCUGUACAAGUAAUCAAGAAAGUGGAAAGUCCAACUCCUGCUGAGGUUGCAAGAGAAGCUGGCUUGAAAUAUGUUAUCCUACCAAGUAAACCCAAAAAAAAGAAAAAAAAGAGGGCUGACCCUAGACGCCUUGAACAGAUUGAUAGAUUUUUAAGAGAAUCCCCCAAACAGCUAGUAAGGAGUGAAUCCUUACCCAGGGUUACCUUACCAGUAGAACCACAGUUGAGAGUCCCAAGGCAUGUAAGACAUGGACGCAGACCAAGCAUUCCCAAUAUUCUGAAUUUUGAUGAGUAUAUUGAGAAACAUCAUGUAGAGGAAGGUACGGAUCUUCGUGAAUGGGCUCGUGAUAUCUGGAAUGACUGGUUUGAUGAGGUAUUUCCUCCAAGUUAUCGAGAUACAGAAACACCUGUGACUGAUAUAGGAUCAGAUAUUGAAGUAACUCCAACUAGAAAGAGAGCAUCCAUUGCCAGUUCUGUUAUGUCUGAACAUAUAGAUGCCAUAGAUCCAUUACCUGAGAUCGAAGACGAUGAAGAAUACUCAGAGGAAGUUGGUGAGGAGAUUGAAGGUUAACCCGAUCCAUUGACCUUGCUGAAGAUCAACCAUCACCAUUUGAUCUAUGUAGACGAGGAGCUCUCUAUAGAAAGAUUGGACAGUUGAGAUUAGCCUGGGCAGAUCUUGAUGAAGCCAUUGCUUUAGAACCUCAGUUAUUGGAUGCUUACUGGCAUAGACAUCUCCUGUUUUUACUGAAAAAUAAACCUAAGAAAGCAUUAGAUGACUUGAAUGCAGUGUUGAAACUCAACAAGCAGCAUGCCGGAGCAUAUAGAUCCAGAGCCGAGAUAUUUCGAAAACAAGGUGAUAUAACAAUGGCUAUUGUCAAUUUCACUCAAGCACUUAAACUUGAACCAGAUGAUUAUGAGGCGUAUUACAGAAGAGCUGAAAUGUAUGAAAAGGUAAGAG